AGCCGCGCGAGACAACUCCAAAGUUUGACGGGCAGGAGAUCUUCUGCGACUCUAUGAAGACAGAUCCGAUUCCAUGGUUUCACAAGUUCGAGCUCACGCUGCAGCUGUCCAACGUCAAGGAACACAAGCAUCACGCCUACUUGUACUCUCGCUCAGGGGGCGCGUACCAGGCUUGGUUGGACAACCUCUUGUCAAAUUACGGAGAAGUAGCGGCCGACUUGCACACCAAGAUCAGUUGGGAUGAUCUAAAGGCGGCGUGGCACAAGCGGUUCCAGGUGGAGCCGCCAGAGAUCAAAGCCAUGGACAAGCUCAUGGUCUUCGAGCAAGGCACGCUGCCGAGUACAGACUGGAUCGCCGAGUACCAACGCUUGACGUCAGACCUAGACAUCCAAAUGGGCUUCAAGCCCAUCCGCCACUACUUCAUCUCGAGGUCAUGUCCGACAUUGAGCAAUGCCCUGACGCAUGUCGAGGACACCUUGACGACGACGGCGGAAUUAUUUGACAAGGCUGCGCAGAUCAUCGUCACGAACAAGGAGGCCAAAAACCUCCGUUCAUCUGCGUCAGGCCCGAGCAGGGACCAGCAUCGGCCAAGAGUGGCCGUGGUUGCAGCGGCAGCGCCGUUAGACCAAACCAACGAGGCUGUGUCUGCCAGUGAAGGGGACAGAUUCGCAGCCGCCCGGGAAGGUGGUCGCCCCGGCAGAGGCCGAGGACGCAGCAAGACGAAGACACGCACCGUUGGCCAAGCGUCCUACAACACUUUGCUGGAUAGCGGCGCGACUCGCAACUUCAUGAGCCAAUCCUUUAUGCAAAGGGUUGGCCUUGGCGCACAACUUCGGAAGAAGGCAAACCCGACGGCGAUCAAGUUGGCGGAUGGAAAGACGCAGCAACUUCUUGACCGUUACAUCGAGGCCGUACCGGUCUACUUCGCACCUCAUGCAUGCGAACAGGUAACAUUCGAUAUUCUCGAUAUGGACUUCGACAUCAUUCUGGGAAUGCCUUGGCUUGCAAGUGCGGAUCACACGGUCAACGUCCAUCGGUGGACUCUUAGCGUUCGCGACGCCUUCGACGCGGAAGUGGCGUGUACUAUUCCUCUACCGCACCCUUCGAUCCGGUGCCAAGUGGUGACGGCCAAAUCAUUCCGGGCGACUUGCGCUUAUGAGCAGCCCGAGGAGAUCGACCUAUGUUUCCUACGGACCGUCGCGGUAGCCGACUCUUCACCCACGGACUUGUCUUCGGACCCCCGUGUGGUGCGGUUGCUGGACGAGUUCGCCGACAUCUUCGAGUCACCUACCGGUGUGGUGCCGGAUCGGCCGAUCUCUCACGAGAUCAUUCUUAAGGCCGGUGCCGUGCCGCCGAAAGGUUGCAUCUAUCGGAUGAGCGAGGAGGAGCUUGAGGUACUCCGCGCACAACUCGACGAUUUGUUGGCCAAGGGCUGGAUCUGCCCGAGUAGCUCCCCAUAUGGAGCACCAGUUCUCUUCGUCAGGAAGAAGAACAAGGAUCUACGAUUGUGCAUCGACUACCGCAAGCUCAACGCGCAAACCGUCAAGAAUGCGGGGCCUCUUCCUCGCAUCGACGAUCUUCUCGAGCGACUAGGCGGUGCGAAGUAUUUUUCCAAGUUCGAUUUGAAAUCAGGAUAUCAUCAAAUCUCGAUCCGGCCGAACGAUCGCUACAUUUGGUGCAUUUUGCAUACUGCACACACCUAGCUGACCGAUGGUUAACCCGUGCGGAUUUCAAGCAACAACUCCAUACGUUCUCGCACGCUACGAA